GCACAGAUAUUGCAUUUCAGGAAUUUGGAGUGAUAGAAUAUAGACUCAGCAAAAGUCAUGUCGACUUUGUUGGGUGAAGACAAGGGUAGGGUUGAAAUCAAAGGUUGCUUGUGAUGAACAAUGUGCCUGGGAGCAAGAGUAUAAGAGGAUUAGUCUUAAAGACUUUAAAGCAGAGAAGACUGGGGCUGCUGUGAAAGUUGAAGAGAGACAGUGUGAAAGACUGACCAGGACUACACAGGUACUGCAUUAUGGAAGAUUUAGAAACAGAUUUAUUGAAAUUUAAAGGAUUUUAUGUUCACCAUAAAGCAUUUGAUAAUGACUUUUUAGAAAAUUUAGAUGAUUUUGAAAUUAGAGAUGAUGAUAUCUUCGUAGUCACAUACCCCAAAUCUGGAACCAUCUGGGCUCAGCAAAUAUUAAGCUUGAUUUAUUUUGAGGAACAUCGCAAAAGAACGGAAAAUCUGGAAACAAUUCAUCGUGUCCCCUUUCUUGAGUACUCCUCUGGACAUAUAGAUUUUGGCAAAAGACCAUCUCCUCGUCUCUUUGUUACCCACCUCCCAUACUACUUGGUUCCAAGAGGGCUGAAAGACAAAAAAGCCAAAAUUGUAUACAUAUACAGAAACCCUAAGGAUGUUAUGUGCUCUUGUUUUCAUUAUGUAAACACUUAUCCAAUAUUUAAAGCUGUAGACACCAUUGAGGCAUUUAUGAAACAAUUUUUGGAAGGGAAAGUGGUAGGAGGCCUUUGGUUUGACCAUGUCAGAGGUUGGUACGAGCACAGAAACAACUUCAAUAUUCAGUUCAUGAUGUACGAAGAGAUGAAGAAGGAUCUCAGAAGUUCUGUGUUAAAACUCUGCAAAUUUCUGGGUGAAGACCUGAGUGAGGAGACUUUGGAUGGCGUGGUGAAACAGGCCUCAUUUGAGAACAUGAAGGAUGACCCACUAGCAAACAAUGAAAGCACACUCUACAGGAACUUUGGGCCAAAACUAAGAGAAGGCCAUUUUCUUCGCAAAGGCACCAUUGGAGAUUGGAAAAAUGACAUGACCGUCAAGCAGAAUGAAAGAUUUGACAAGAUUUUCCAAAAGCAGAUGAAAGACUUUCCAUUGCAGUUCAUCUGGGAUGUAAAUGAAACACAGAAUUAAGAUCAACACACAGAAUGUCAAGAAAACACCUUCAGCAGGAAAUAAAUUAAAUCUUACACUUAAAUCUUUGACUCUCUGAACCACAUUGAAAAAUCUCACUCAUUAAUGUAUAUUAAUUGCUUUAUAUUUUUGCCAUGAGGAGAGUGUCUCAUGUCCAGGGAUUCCUCCUUUUCUGAUCCACUGAGGAUUACUCAUAACUUUUUGGCAUAUAAUCAUGGAGAGCUGUACUCUUUACUUUUACAUUUACUUAUAGACUGAUUAUGAUCUUCCUGACAUAUUCAGAAUUUUAAUUUUAUAGAAAAACAUGAGUCAAACAUUCAUUUCAGGGUUUGUAUGGUUUAUGUUUUACUUUGGUGGACUGUUAUCUGAAAUGUAUUUAGGUAUUCAUGGAUCAUAUCUAAUUUUAUUUGGAUAUUAUUCCAAUGGUGUAAAAACAGUAGUCAAUUUUUUCUUCUUACAGAUAACAAGUUGAUGCAGCAUCAUUUAUUGAAUUGUCCACCAUUUUCUUA